AAUUUACUGCAAUAAACUCGGUAAUAAUUGGGCAAAAUAGUUGGUUUGUAAGCUGAACUAAUUCUGGAGUUACUCAGCGACGUCAAAGGUAUAAUACCCAAAAUGAAUUUAAUUAUUCAUGCGAGUUUGUAGUCAUGAAUCACAACACGUGUAACGUUUGUCAAAUUAUAUGACAAAAGUUAAGUCGGUCGAACUUGGAUGAUGUUACAUCAAAGUCAUCAAGGUCAUUGUCGCUUUGGUAACAGGAGUUGGCCGCUGUGUUUUUCUUGAACUUCAAUCCAAAAUAGAAUGUGUACCACACAAGAAAGUUGUCAAGAACUUGUGAUCAGACCAAACUUCGUCAAACCGAACUCGUUCCAAAAAGCCACCGCGCGACUUACGAUCAUAUCUGUCCUAUCCCGGCAAGUCAACACGAAAUCGCCUUUUCCGAGAAACGAACAUUCUCCAAUAGAAAUUCCAGAAACCCGCAAGCAAGAGCCACCGAGAAUCUCGGAAAAUUCCGCGAUGAGUUCUACGAAUAUUUUACUCGCGCGACGGGAAGGCCAUUUGUCAAGUGUCACCGAGGGAUCGAACGAGAGCAUAGAGGAUAAGGAUGGCGAAAGUAAGGGGUGCAACGGGGUAAACGGUGGCGUGAAACAAUGGGUGGAUGGGGGUAAAAAUGGUGGACAGAGUACCACCAGUGGUUCCACGAAAGACCCCGAAGUUUUUCAUAAAACAGUUAAUGGCAAGGGAUGGAAUAAGGAUCCGUUUGAGUAUAUGAAAGAAAGAAAGUUAUCAGAACCAGUUCUCAGCCCAAGGAAAAAAACAUCGGUCGUGACCCCACGAUUAACGAGGUGUCGUAGCAGCGCUGAUUUGCGAGAAAAUGAGCAACCGACCAUGAUCCUUCGAGAGCUGGGUGGUUAUAAAUUCUUUGCAAAACCAAGCGAAGCCAUCGCCAACACGUCGAAUCGAAAAGCUUACAAAAGCAAAGCGAACGAAAACAAGGCGAUGAGUGAAGUUUCAGCUUUGAAGAAGACAGUUACAGAACAGAAGGAGAACAUUACAAACAGAGAAAGACAUUUGCUGCAUUUAGAGAAAAAAAUUGGAGUCUUGGAACACGAAAACUCCAAAAAUAAGAAACAAAUUUUGUCCUUCCGUGAGAAAUUAAAAGAUUGCUCGGGCACCAUCGAUUAUCUACGCCGGGAAAAAGAGGUGUUGGCGACGGAACGCGAUCGUUUGAGCUUUACGUUGUUGACGUGCGAACACGAGUUGAAGGAACUGCGCGCGCAGAAUAUGAACCUCGUCACGGAGUACGAAAGCGCAGAGCAUAGCAGGAAAAUUGCCGUCAGCCAUUUACACGAAGCAGAACGUGUGUGCCAGGAGUCCCAUCAUGAGAAACCAGAAAUUUCCACCAAACGCACAGUCGAGGAUUCUAGUAGUUCCGAGAAAUUAAUCACGCAGUUGACUUCUAUGAAAGAGGCAGUUCAGAAGCUUCGUAUCGACAGAAAAGCUUUGCAAAUUGAGCAGAGAAAAGUGGCCUCGUUUUUCUUUGAGAAUUUAAAACAACUGGUCAGCCAGGUUCGUGAUGCGGAAAAACAGCAAAAGAGAUCCUCGGAAGAAAGUCACCUAGAAGUGUCCCAGAAUAGUCCAGACAAGGUAACCCCUUCGGUACUAGUGACCAAUAGCGAAGACGUUUUCGAAGAGCCCGACGAUCUGACGACUAUUCCCGAAGACAUAAGCGAUCUUGGAGUUUUCAAGAAGAAGCUCAAAUCCAACGAGAGAACUAUAGAUGAUUUGGCAAAUAAGAUUCGACAUCUGGAGAACAAGAAGAAAAGAUUACUGGAAGCACGCUUCGCGAUGAUCCAAGAAUUUCAAGCCAGCCGCGAGGUUGUCGGGGACCUGGAGACGGAUAUGUCGGGGAAUGAUUCUGAGGAGAAGAUGGAAUAUGAGAUAGAAGGUGGCGAUCAGAAACGGGCGCGCGUUACGAAGAAGAUCCGUAAACUGGAGCGAACUCUGUCCAUGGACCACGGCGUUGGCAAACUCGACUGCAUCCAGAAGUUGUGCAAGAAUCUGGAGGACUGUGAACAACGCAUUCACGAGCUCGAGGCGACGAACUCCGAGCUUCGUGCCGAGCACGCGGACAUGGAGGAAGAGGCGAAGUAUCUAAAGUACGUCUUGUCCUAUCGUGGCGACGUCAUGAAGGCUCAGUUGAAGAGCGAAUAUGAAAAUAAGAUGGCAGCGUUAAGAGAUGAGCUUGAGAAUGUAAACUCUUCGCGUUCUGAGGUCCAGGCACUUACUAAACGAAAUCGUGAUCUUGAGGAGGAGGUUCAGCGACUUCAUGAAGAACUCAGUACAUUGCUUCGAAACCUGCCGGCGCUUCAAGCAAUUCGGCGUUCAUCUUCAAGAAACAGUGAACACGAAAACGACGUCUUCACAGCGGAUGUUUCUAUGAACUUAGCCGAUGUUUCCUCGAAUUUAGACAAUACGAUGAACAGCGAAGAAGUUCCUGGAAACACUGACAAAGUUUCGGAGAAUGGCCCCCAAGCGAAUCAGAGCAAGGUGCCUGAAUCUGAGAGCAGUCUUGGGAAUUCCAGUGUGAUUUCUCAGAAAGAUGCCGAUAGUUCUUUGGGCAGUGAAGCCGCGCUCAGUCUUGAAGAUCAAGUCUCGCAACUUACGGAGAAAAAGCGCGUUCUCUUGAUGAGUAUGUUAGCACUUAAAGGGGAAAACGGUUCUGAAAGCGAUUCUUCAUUUUCCCGAAAUGUUGAAGUUUUGGAGAGGAGUUUUCGCGAGAUCGAACAGGAGAAUGCGUGCUUCUCGGAAACGUUGCAGCGCUUCCGUGACGUUCUCGGUGAGAAAUGUGAACACGAAAACGAGAGUGGAGACGUAAGUGUAGUUACAAAGCUCAGGGAUGAAAUACAGCGUCUUGAUGCGAGAUUUGAAGCUUGUAGAACCCAGGGUACGUCGUUUGAAAAGGACAACACAAAGUUGGAAGCCAUUUUGUCUUGUGCCCGACACGAAGAACGGAUUUCUGAACUUGAGAUGGAAAUCUAUCGUCUACAUGAAGAAAAGAAAUCUCUGCUCUCCAGUAUUGUCCGGUUACAAACUGAUCCCAACUUCACCCUUAGUGAUGACGUCAAUGAUAGUGACCUCAUCAACGAUAAUGACGUCAUUAAGGACAAUACCGUUCUCAAUAAUAACAAUGCCAAUGAUAGCUUGGCCAAGAAGGAUAUCGGGGUGGUUGCAGGAGACACUGCUAGUACAUCGCAGGGCAAUGAUGGCAUCGCAGGUGUACAUAAUUCUCUCGUGAAGACCUACUCGAGGGAUGAAGAAGUACAGGUGAAUAUGAACAGAGAGGAUAUUUAUGGAUUGCUAGGGUUCUUGCAACGGGAUCUCGACAAGCUUAAAACGGCCUUUGAUGAUGAAGGAAUCAAAGGUGAAAAGUCAGGAAAGGGGGACACGUCUGCCCAUGAUCUCACCACUUGCCCUCGGCAAGAUUCUGUGCAAGAGGUUGAACAUCUGAGCAAGGAAUUACAAGGUCUUGGCCAACAGAAUCACGUUCUUGAGGAGAAGUUGCACGAGAGCGAGGCUAUCCGUUGCGAUCUUCAUCGGACAAUCGCCAUAGCGACCGAUAUGGCGACAGAGGAGAGGCAAAAGUGCGAAGAACUGACGCGAACAAAAGCCGCACUUGAGAAGGAAAUGCUGAAAUUGGCGAAAGAAAAUCGUGAUCUGCGCGAAGGACUUGAGACUUUAUCCCACGCGCGAAAGCGACGAACAUCGCGCGCUCCUCGCGCGAGCCUCCCGAGCGAUCUCCAAGAAGACGAUGAUUGUCAAGUGCUGUACCUACCCCGAGUCAAAGCUCAAAAUUUCUCAGAAAGCGAUAUUUCGGACAUGGAUAGCCCCGCCAUUGAGAGAAAGAGCUUUUCACGUAUUGCAUAAUCACUAUUAGCUUUCUGACAAAAGAAUGAAUUGACAUAAUGCUUGAAGAUAACUCUUGUAACUUUCUAUAUUGUAGUUUGUUUUGAAGCUGAUAUACUCUACCUUUGCAAAGGUGUUUAAAAAGAUAUAUCACCUUGUUGUAUAAUUUAGCGAGACUUAUUUAUUUGCAUUCAAACGUAUAAUUAAA